GUGGUUUCAAUCUUACCCGUACAAGAUCUACAUAUUCACAAAAUGGGGAAUACACCAGCAAAGGAGUCCAGACCACGGGCUUCGUCUUAUAGCAGCAGUAACUCCGGUAGCUAUCCUGGGGUAGAUACUCAACCGAAUCUUGGGUACAGUUACAAUUAUGGCUACGGCCGGAGCCCAGGAUCCCCAUUUAACUCCUACUUGGGUGAAUCUCGGUCUCGACGUAAUACUACAUCCUCGGUGUUUGGUCAUAUAGUACCAUCACGUAAGUCCAAGAAACUGGAAGAAAAGGAUCGACUUCGGGAAGAACAUUAUAUGAACUUGAUCGUUAAAUUUGACGAAUCAGUUGAUGGCGGAUAUUUGGCACCUUACGGAACUUACAAAUCCAACUUGGAUUUUGACCUGGAAAUAGUCAGAGGCUUGAUAGUGGCUCGGCGGUUGGCCCCAUUCUACACGCCUUUACAGGAUUUUGAUGAAUCUUGGAGUGAUCAAGAGUUACUUAUUAUCAUCAAACAACUCACAUUGCACCUGAUUGAAGGAGCAUAUAGUGGGGAAGAGGAAGAUGAUGAUAUAGACAAUCAUAAGAUUCAUAGGUCGUCUAACUUUUACAAAAGACAAGAACAGAAGAUCAAGUUGAAGAUGCUCAUCGAGAAGAUUAAAGAGUUACAGAAACAACAAGAAGAUAGGUAUUUGGAAGCCAAGACAUCGAGCUCAGUGGUGAAGUCUUUACCAUCCAAUAAUCUUUUAUUGAGGUUAUAUAGAAACCCAGUUGAAUGUCCCAUCUGUUUUGUGUUCUAUCCGGACAACUUGAAUCUCUCCCGUUGCUGUUUGCAGCCAAUCUGUUCUGAAUGCUUUGUGCAAAUCAAGAGAUUAGAUCCCCACCCUCCUCACGAUGAUCCCACCAAUGCCAAUACUGUGAAAAGAACCACGGAAGAAUUACCACACACAUUGAUCAGUGAGCCAUCUAACUGUCCUUACUGUGCUAUGACAGAUUUUGGAGUUAUUUUUGAUAAAAACCUUGAUUUUUCUACCGGCAUCAAUGGCAUUCCACCGCAUGAUUUUGAACAAACGAACAAAAGUACACCCAAUGUUAAUGAUAAUGAUAAUGAAAGUGAUGAACAAGCCGUAAUGUCGUCAUCACCUACCAGUGAACAAGAACCGUCUAUAAUUCCAACGAAGCUUCGCAAAAGAAGGGAAUCUGUUCCGGCAAAUUCUCCUCGUGUCAUCACGAUCGAUCAGAUACGACCUGACUGGGAAAGUAAGCUUUUAUCGGCGAGAAGCAAGUUGGCCCGUAAGGCUGCUGCUGCUAGCGCAAUUCAUGCUUCCAAUUUAAUCAUUAACCCGGAGACUGAGAUGGCUGAGUACGACACCCGUAGAAGAAGAAACACGGGUAGCUCCACGCAGAGCCAACAGAAUCUGCGAUUGCAAACGAUGGAAGAGCGAAUGAUUGAAGAAGCUUUACGUUUGUCGAUCAUAGAUGAAGAAGAACGCAAACGUAAAGAGGAGGAAAAGAAACGCAAAGAUAAGUCUAAUAGAGAUAGAUCCUUUUCAUAGUUCUGGGUUUUAGUUUUUAUACACAUAUGAUAAGAAGGCUUUGUGU